AUGGUGGAAGUCCUCGGUCCUCUGUCUGCUCGUCCACCUACUCCACCAAGGACAUCGUCCCGCACGCUGUCUGAGAAAGAUCGAACGGAGGAUUCCCCAGUUGUCGCGCAGACUCCUGGUGAGCCACCAUUCACUACAAGUGCAUCCAAUGGCGCUCCGUCCAGUCGACAAUCUAAGCGAGUAAACUUCUCGCCAUGGACGAAAUACAUCAAACCUCCGUCCUUUGCCAACUCCGCUGCGAAGCCGAAGACCGACCUCAAAGUCCUUCCACCAUCCAAUAAAUGCAAGCCCACGAAGUCCAUUCUCAAGUCGACAAAUUCUCCGGCUCCCGUUAGCUCGCCAAAUCCUACGUUCUAUACCCCUGACUCUUUUGCUAUGCUGUUGAAGUCCAUCACACUGCAGUUGGCUGGAGAGUCGACUAGCUCGCGACUCGAUGCCUACAUGCACUUGUUUGGUGCGCUGAGAACAUAUGAUGGUCUUCCUGAGGAACAAGAAAUUGCAGAAUAUAUAGGGCUGCUCAUGCAGUACAUCCAGAGAGAUAUUAGCAGGAAUUUUGACGACGUUGGGCCUCUAGACACAAACCUCGUGAUUCAAGCUCUAAAAGUUUCCGCUGCAUUGGUGUGGCACACUGAGAUAUCUGCACGGCUGUCUGAUGAUUUCAAGAUAUUCCUCGUUGACCACUCCAUCAGUAGCUUGCAAGAUAGCAAAGUACCAAAAUCAGUUAUGACACACUACAUGUCAAUCUUGUCGACGCAGAAUUUCGGUUCAAAACUUAUGACUAACGCUCGGCUCUCACGUCUGCUUACGGUACUAAAUGAACUCACUAAUAGAGUGACUGGAAGUUCUAUCGUCUCGCAGCGUUUGAGCAUUUACCAGCGUAUCCUCAGCCAGUCCAAAUCGACAUUCGUGACUCAUUCGACUGUAUGGAUGGAGCAUCUCAUAUCUGGUUUGCUUCAUCAUAUCAAAGAUAUUAGAAUAAAGGCCAUCUCCCUAGGGUUUCAGACGUCGAUGACUUUCGGACCAAACCCUAUAUUGUCCAAAUCUAUCCGAGACAUAUUUGACCGCUCUUUGGACAAAAAUAGGAAAUUAGUUACUGAAAUAUGCGAGCGAAUGGCACGAAUGAUGGCCACUGCUGAGAGUGGAGUCCAUGUUCCUCAGGUCUGGAGCGUUGUCAUUCUGCUCAUAAGAAACAAACGUUUAAAUGUCGACCAGUGGAAUCACUUCAAAGAAUGGGUGCUUGUGCUUCAAAAAUGCUUCAACUGCAGCGACUCGUCAAUUAAAGCACAGGCAAUUGUCGCGUGGAAUCGAUUUGUUCUUGUCGUUAGUCCGGGCGAAAUGACGAGUCGUUCACUGUUGAAAAUGCUGAGCAAGCCAAUAUUGUCACAAUUUGAACGAAAGAAACAAGACAAGAACGGGUCGCAGCCAAGCCAGUUGGUCUUGUGCAGCUAUUACAAUCUUCUGUACUAUGCGUUCAGGCCAUCAGCGUCGUUUCAACAUCUUGAUGUCGUCUGGGAGGAAUACAUUGGUUCUCCCUCAUCGAGUAUAUUCGCUUCAGUUUCCAGCUUGAGUGACCGGCUUGCUGAUGUGCUGUCCAACAUGCUAUGGGGCCGACAGUCUAAAGUCUGGUGCGAAAAUAAAGUUAAUGAAAGCAAUAAGCUCGACCCCGAGGAACUGCCUACCCUUGAUUUAUGGGAUGAUACAAUAGAGCAGUCAAACAUUGCUAUUGCUUGGACUGGUCUCUCAAAAGCUUUGUCUUAUGCCGCCAGCAAGGAGAUUACUCCUUCUCCAGAAUCAAUGCAAGUUGUUGCUCACGUUCUUGGCCUUCUUCAGCGUCUCUGGAAGGUUGGCCCGUCUUCUCUAAAUGCGGCUGAGGUCUGGAGGUCAACUGCACAUCUUGCUGCCGAUUCCCUUUGCUCCUAUCCAAUCGAAUCAGCCCGUGAGCGUGAUGGGUCGGUUUCACGCGAUUAUGAAAAUAUCGUCAAAAUCCUCUCUACAGGGCUAAAAUUUCCUGGUGUUUCCUUGGAAUGGAACCAGCUUCUGGACUCCUUUGUUCGCGUUGUGCGAACUGAAAGGAGCGACCGGGAGAUUGCUACAGUGGUAGUAGAGCCUCUCGCCGAGAGUAUGAUGGCUCUUCGCGUUCGGGAUACCUACUUGCCCUCGGCGUCCCUAUUCAAUCAUUCUCUUUCCAUUUCGUACUGCCACCAGACUAUAGAGGGCAACGGGGCAAACUUCAACCUUUAUCCUUGCACCAGCGAGACUUUGCUUUUCCCCAGAAAACUAGUUGAAUUGGUGAGUCGGACACUUAAGGAUUCUUACCAAGAAUUCGAACCUAUGGACUACAGCGGAAUUGCAGACUUCAUAGAAUCUUUGACAUCCUUUUUGGGCUCCGGGGUUUUGGCUUUUCGCUCCUCAGUCCUUGAAAGUCUCCAGCUACCCCUUGCAGUAUGGCUGAAGGAUGGAGAGCACAAGCUUAAUGUUAAUAAUGGUGUGGAAAGCAGGAUUAUCACUGCGGGUCGAGCUUUAUCUUCAGCUGUUCUCAACAUCCUACAGGGGACAACACCUCACGAUUCUAAGUGCCUGCAAAGAUUUGAAGCAUCCAUUACUUGCCCAGAAACCAUUUCAUAUGCUUUGAAACAGCUUGGCAUCCAGCCUAAGUCCCAGAAGCCAGGCCUGCAGUUGCUGGGCAAGGUUCAGGACAAUACGCAAUCGACUUCUUCAGGUUCACGAGCGAGCACAGAGAGCUGCCCAGCGGACAUGUCAGAGAAGUCCCGAAUUGCAUUCAUUCUGGAUGAUCGAUUUGAAUCGUCCAACCUUGCAGGCUUCAUCUCGUCACCUAUCACCAGGGUACCCGAAUCCUUGAGUGUAUCUUUAGAGAAUCCAAAUGAAUCUCAAAUUCCUUCAUCGCCGCGAACUGAUGAUACACCGGGCCAACCUAACGGCACAGCCCAAUCGCCCUCUUUACAAUUCAGCAUAGAAAAGCACCAACAGCGCAGUGACGUGUUUUCAAUGAUUGAAAACCUUCGGUCAUCAUCACCACCUGGUAAUACACCAAGGGAGCUUGGAUUCAUGACUCCUCCACAUUUGCGAAAUUUACACAAUGCAGAUCGUGAGGCGGAAACUCCUCAGACACCUACUUUGCCGCCUAUUCCCGCUGAUAAUGAAGAGGAUUUUCUCGGUUCAUCUCCAACUCCCGGCACGAGAGACCGAACUCAUACUGGUGGAUCAUCCCUACACACCUCUUUGAUGGCUCCGGCAGUGUCCUCACAAAUGGACACCGAUCCCCCUUCAUCGCCGCCGGAAGUGAAAUCUCAGAGUCCAAAUUCCGAAAACAAAUCUGCUAAUACGGAAAGCAUGGCUACUAGGGACAAAGCGGCCAAGAAUCGGAGAAGAAGGCAAAAGAAAAAGGAAAAGCGGUCUAAAGGAUCCACAACCUCCUCUCCUACCAAGCAGCCUGAUGCUCAGACAACGCCUAAAGAUGCUACUGAAAAUAACGCCGCUGCCCAAUCAGAGCAGCCUUUAAGUAGUCGUCUUCGUUCCUCUGCUAGUAAAAUGCCACUCGAUCCACCAGCUGGAACAGACCCAACACAAUCAUCGCAGGCCCCUUCCAGCUCCAGUAACAAAGAAUCUACCGCCAGAGGUGCAUCAGUGAGCUGUCAUCCACCAGUUGAAGUAUGUGACAGCAGCAAGAAACAACCGGGAGCGGACUACAUUGCAGAUUCGUCCAGUGACGACAUGGAAACCCAGAUUGCUUCUCAGCUGGAACAAGAUCUUGAACUUGCAGUUGAUUUAGAUGAACCUGGCGAACAACCCGCAGAGCCAUCGAGCCAGCCUCCAAUGACUCGGAAGAGGAAGCGCGAAACACACGAAACAGCCGUUUCAACACCCUCUAAUUAUGAACGACGUCGAUCAUCUAGACUGUCGAGUACGAAAGAUAAUAUUAUAAAUGAUGUCGAGGAGGCUAGGACAGAAACAUGUUCCAAGAAAUUAACGGCAUCCAAUCCCACAGAGAAUAACAGGUCAUCGCCAGCUGAAUCGGUUCCGCAAAAGCGAAGACGCCACUCCAAGGGAGCUGCUGAUGAGGGAGAAGUUCGAUUUGCCGUUCGAGAGCAAUGUUACACAAACCGUACAGCUAAGGCCACAGACCCUUUGGAUGCGUCAUCCCAGAAGCGUAGAUCAACUCGUCUGAGUGGUCAUGUCGCAUCAGUCGAAGAAACCCCUGUUUCUAAUUCACCGCGAAGUAGUCGGUCUCGAAGACAAAGCACGAAGCAGAAGGAACCCACUCCCAAGGCAUCUCAAAUGAAAUCUGUGGCGAGCGAGGCUCGCACCGAUCCCACCGCUAAGACUAAAUUGCAAGAUGAAGUGCCCGUUAAUGUCGAAAUCAAUAAAGUCUCAGAGACAUGCGAGUCCCAGACCAACGCCCAAACGAGUGAACCCGCCUCUCCAUCAAAAGAACAACUACCAACAGAUAGCAUCGACAUCCAAAUGAGUGAUGCCGCUGGCGCACUGAUCAAGAAGGAUCCUAAGAUCAAAAUAACGGGAUCCCGUUCGGUAGGAGCGAACAGCAGCAACACCGACGCGGACAUUAUUCCAUCCCUGCACCAAAUAUUGGACAAUGUCAAAUCAUCUACACUGGACAGAAGAGCCCUCAAACAGAUCGAUGACUUGUUAUUUGAUAUCCGGGUAGAGAUGCACGAGGCAUUAAGGCGGCAUACUGGUUGA